AUGUCCACCUUGCCAUAUCGGUCCAAGGACAAUGGUCCUUCGCACGAUGCCGACGAUGAUGAAGAGGAAGAGGACGUUGACGAGACUGGCUAUAAGACUGUGAAAGACGCAGUCCUUUUCGCCGUAGAAGUCAGCGACUCUAUGCUGCGACGACCUCAAAUAACAUCCGAGAAAGCGGAUACUAGCUCACCACUCGAAGCAGCACUGAAAUGCGCCUAUCAUCUGAUGCAGCAACGUAUCAUAUCAGCGCCCAAGGACUUGAUGGGUAUACUCUUGUACGGUACCGAAGCAUCAAAGUUCUACAACGAAGACGAAACCACUCGGGGUGGUUGGUCGUUCCCGCAUUGCUACCUGCUGACCGAUCUGGAUAUACCAGAAGCGGAAGACGUGAAGGCACUAAAAUCAUUAAUCGAAGAUGACAGCGACAGUGAGGAUGCCAAAAACCUCUUCCAGGUUUCAGGUGAACCAGUAUCCAUGCACACUAUGCUCUUUUGCGCCAACCAGAUCUUUCAGCAGAAGGCCGCAAAUUUCACAUCCCGACGACUGUUCAUUGUAACCGACAAUGACAAUCCUCAUUCCGAUGACAAGUCCUAUCGUUCGCAGGCCACUGUAAGAGCUAAGGAUCUGUACGAUCUCGGCGUCGUAAUUGAGCUCUUCCCGAUCUCUUCAGCUAAACAUGCGUUCGAGACAAAGCUCUUCUGGGAUGAUAUUGUGUACAAAUCCAGUCCAUCCGACCCAGACGCGAUCAUGUACAAUCCUUCGUCGCUGAUGGACGUUGAUAAGAGUCGUCUGAGGACAGGCAAUGCUGAUGCUGCACAUCUGGAGAUCGCGCCCGGGCUGCGUAUUGGUGUCAAAGGCUUUCUCCUCUACAAACAUCAGAAACCAGUCAGAAGCACUUACAUUUAUGUUAGUGGUGAAAAGCCGGAAAUUGUGAAAGGGCGAACCACAAGAUACGCAGACGACUUCGAGAGCGGAUCUCGCAACGUUGAAAAGGCAGAGAUCAAAAAGGCUUAUACCUUUGGCGGUGAACAUAUAACCUUUUCGCAAGAAGAACUAAGCAAACUACGAGAUUUUGGAGGUCCCAUCAUUCGUCUCAUUGGCUUCAAACCAACGACUGCUCUACCAGUAUGGGCUAAUACUAAGAACUCGACCUUUAUUUAUCCAUUCGAGGAGGAUUACAUUGGCAGCAUUCGCGUCUUUAGUGCGUUGUACCAGAACAUGUUGAAGAAACAGGUUUUCGGAUUAUCCUGGUUGAUACCACGAAAGAAUGCCACGCCAGUCCUCGCAGCGAUUCUGCCCACAUUGAGUGCCAUCGGCGCCGAUGCAGGGACGAACCAGGCAGCCGUUUCAAAGACUGGAUGUCCACAAGGCCUUCAUCUUAUUCCUUUGCCAUUCGCUGAUGAUCUACGACAAAAUCCACCCUCCAUGCAUAAGACACCACUGCGAGCUCCCGACGGACUGGUAGAUGAGAUGAUACCAAUCAUCGAGAAGCUCAAUCUACCAAAGGGCACAUUCGAUCCAAAUAGAUAUCCUAAUCCAAGUCUUCAAUGGCACUAUCGCAUACUACAAGCCAUAGCACUCGAAGAAGAUCUUCCCGAAAAGUCAGAAGAUAAAACAAGACCAAAGUAUCGACAAAUAGAUCAACGUGUUGGCGAGGAGGCUGUCAGAUGGGGCAAUGAGCUGCAAAAGGUGUACAAAGAACAUGUAGCAGAAAAUCCUGACGCUGCUAAUCUCGGUGAGAAACGACCAACUGCUCGUGGCACAAAAUCGAAAGAAACAGAUGAGCCAGCGAAGCGGUCGAAGAAAGACAAUGGGGAGGUUGUGAGUGAGGAGAAUAUGCGAAAGACGUACGAGAAGGGACAGCUGUCAAAAUUGACAGUGACGGAUCUGAAAGGGUUCGCCAGCUCAAAGAAGAUUGCAACUACUGGAGCCAAGAAGACGGAUCUGGUCGAGAGGAUUGAGGCCUGGUUUGAGCAGAAGUAG